AUGUUCUUUCCAGCCGAGGUGGUUUCAUCCCGGAUGUCAGGGGCGAGCAACGUGACUGCGGGCCCCCCCGGGUCCAGUUUGGUCCUCCAGCCAGCCUGGGACUACCUUCGCCAGAACCACCACAACCUCCUUAGGAGCCCGUUGUUCCCCGUGGCACUCUCUGUCUCCACUUACUUCCUCUUGGUUGGGGUCUACACGGCGCUGGACCUGCUGGCCCCCGCCUGGCCCAGCGUCAACCGCUACCGGCUGCAUCCGGACAGACCCGUCACCUGGCCGGCCAUUGGGACCACGCUGGGUGUCACCGCCUACAACCACAUGCUCUACAUCUUCCCUGCCGCUGUGGGCCAGUGGCUGUGGAGGCCACCCACCCCACUGCCUCCCCAGGCGCCCACCCUUUGGGAGUUCUCCCUGGGGAUCCUGGGCUGCAUGCUGGUCUUCGACUUUCAGUAUUACCUCUGGCACCUGCUGCACCACCGCGUCCCCUGGCUUUACCGCACCUUCCACGCAGUGCACCAUGAGUACCGGCGCCCAUUUAGCCUGGUCACGCAGUACCUGUCGGGCUGGGAACUGGUCAGCGUGGGCUUCUGGGCCACAGUGGAUCCGGUUCUGCUGCGGUGUCACUGCCUCACCACGUGGGGCUUCAUGGUCGUCAACGUCUACGUGUCCACCGAGGACCACUGCGGCUAUGACUUCCCGUGGUCCAUGCACAACUUGGUGCCCUUCGGCCUCUGGGGGGGCGCCCCAAAGCAUGACGCCCACCACCGGUGGCCCGCCACUAACUUUGCGCCUUUUUUCUCCCACUGGGACCAGCUGGGGGGCACCCACAUGGUGCCGCCCACCAGCGGGCACGGCUCCGAUGGUGAUCCGAAGGACUAA